AUGUGCCACUUUCAGGUCUCCUCACACUGCUGGUGUGUUCAAUUUUUUGACAUAGGGUGCUGGCAGAUUACGGGCCUCCCAUAGCUGCUGCCAGGCCCCUAAUCUGCCAUGGGCCCCUAUACCGCCUCCUCAUGCUGCUGCCAGGUCCAGAGUCUCUCAUGGGUCCCUGUACGGCCUCCCAUUGCUGCUGUCUCCAUCGCCACACUCUGCCAUGUGCCACUUUCAGGUCUCCUCACACUGCUGGUGUUGUUCCAUUUUGUCAUAGGUUGCUGUAUGGCCUCCCAUUGCUGCUGCCAUCCACCGCCACACUGUGGCUCCAACACUGGUUUUGGCCCCGUGACUGGCCAAAUGAGUGAAGUGUGCGGUGAUUCUAAGAUCGACGGCACUCAUCUGCAUGUCAUACUGACUGACAGUAUUAUUUCUCUUCCCCAGCGACUCCAAGGGCAUUUAAAUUAAAGUACAGUGUUCUGCACUAAUAUUA